UAAACAGGUGUAUUUACGGAUAAAGACAUUGCAACUUGAUACACCAGAGGUGGUUUUAAUAACAUAUCCUUUUUUAUCUGAGGUCAGAAUGCAUAAAAACUUAACAUCGGUUAUACUUCCAAAAUAAGCAAAAAGAAAGUUAACCAAUACAAAGUAAGGAAAUAUUUUAACAAUGAAUGAAGAAGAAUUCUGUGCAUCUGAGGAUUCAGUAGUGAUAAACUGUGACCCAUGCAAGUUUGAGGAUAAACUCCAAGAAUCUAGUGCAUUUUGUCAUGACUGUAAUGAAUUUCUAUGUCAACAAUGUCUUCAGUUUCACAGAAAAUUUCAAGCAUUUCGAGAACAUCACAUUCUUCGUGGAGAUUUAAUGCCAAGGACCAGAGAGGUAACAAAACCAAAACCAGUGCUGAAACUUUGUGAUAAUCAUCGUAUGAAAGAAGUCCAGUUUUACUGCAGAAACCACAGGUCUGUGUUUUGCAAUUUAUGUAAAGUUGCCAAACACCCAAAUUGUGAGUGUGACCUAAUAAAUGAACUGGUAUCAGUUAGUGAGGACAGAACUAAGUUUGACAAUGUUUCAAGGAAAAUAAAAGGAAUUAAAACUGAAUUUGAAACACUAAGGGCAGAGCAAAUAGUAGUUAUUGAUGUAAUAGCAGCUAGUUCAAGUACUCAGAGAAACAAACUUAAAUCUCUGAGGCAGAAAAUGGGUGAAUUCUUUGACAAACUGGAACAUGAACUGGAAGAAGAACAAAUCCAGGAAAAGAUAUUCAUAAAUAAUUUGAGAGAAAGUGUUGCUAUUUAUUCUGAUGUCAUCAAUGAUUUGGACUCACUCAGUAUCCAAACAGAUCAUGUUUCAAAAUCACAUGAUCAUGUGGCUAUCUUUGCAGCAACAUGCAAGUUAGAAAAAACAUUGGAAGAUUCUGCGACAGUGAAGGACAGAAUAGCCAUCAAAGGAAUGAAAAUGCAGGCAAAUAAAGCUGGACAUAAGUUACUAUUACUAGAAAGCAUGUGUGACAAAAUUAUUAAAGAAAUAAAUGCAAGCACUUCUCCCAAGACUGGUGAGGAUUCAGUUGGAAAUGCAAAAUAUCAGGCAUGCAAACAGCAACACACCAACACUGGAGAAAAAAUCACAAAAGAAAUAAAGGAAGAAGUUAAACAAACAAAAACAAUUAUUACAAACAGUAAGUCAGAAGAUCUGCCACAGAAAAAAACAAAUAAUUUGAAAGAUGAAAUUCCAAAACAGGGUUUGGAAAAAUCUGUUCCAGCAAAGCAACAAAAUCAUCCUGAUGCAAUAGAGAUAUUUAAAAAAUCAAAACAACAAAAUCAUCAAAAUGAGUUAAAUCAAGAAUGUGUAAAGAAAGAACAUCAUCUGUCUGGAGAUGUGAAGGCAAUGAAAAUAACAACAGUUAUUCCUGGAAAACAGGACCUGAUAUUUGAAAAUCUGAAAUUUAAGAACUUCUCAUAUAAAUACAUAAACCCGGAAGGAAGUCAAUAUCUAUGUGACAUAACUGGUUCCAUUUUUCUCCCAGAUGGUUCCCUUAUUUUGUGUGACCAUGGAAACUCAACUGUUUUGCUAUAUGACAAGGACUUUAACAUGAUAGAUAAAUGUAAAGUUAAAGUCAAGGUCUGGGAUGUGGCACUUACAAAUAUAGAUGAAAUCAUUGUAACUUUGAAUUGUCUAAAGAUGCUUGUAUACAUUAAAAUUAAAUCAGGGAAAUUACAGCAACAAAAAAACAAAGUCAGUCUAAAAAAAGAACCUUUGGGUAUAGCUGCAUACAAAGAUAAUAUUUUAAUAACAUACCAUAAUAACCCAGGAAAUGGUGCUAUAGAGAUUCGGCACAAAAGUGGGAAAGUUUUACGUGACAUCACUGCUGAUGACAAAGGUGAAGAGCUCUUUGAUGCCCCUUUCUACAUUGAUGUGAACCAAUGUAAUGGUGAUAUUUAUGUAACUGAUAGCAGAAGAAACAGAGUGACAUGUUUAUCAUUUGAAGGGAAAGUUUUGUACAAAAUAGAAAGCCCUGAAUUCAGAUGGCCGAGGAAAAUUAUCCACGAUGAUCAGGGAAACUUUUUAUUGUGUGCAAGUUUAGCAAAUAAAUUACUUCUGGUGAAAAAGGGUCUAUCAACAUCUGAUGUUUUACCAGCAGAGAUGAAGGCCAUUGACACUAGUAAAGUGUUUCUGGCAGCAUGUACUCGUCCCCAGACUGUGUCCAUAAGAAGGGAGGAUCAAACAAUGAUUAUUGGCAUAAACUGUUCAAAUAUGAUGUUAGUACUUAAACCAUCUGAAUAAGUUGGAAACAUAAUCUUGUAAUGCAUAUGAGCACAUUAGGUUACCUAUGAUAGAAAAAGCUCGUAACUUAAGGCCAAAAUUUGUUGACCUCUCUGAUGAAGAUAAACUUGUAUUUAUUCAUUCCAACAAUGAUAUUCUUAAAGUCACAGCCAAAACCUGUUACAAUAUUCUUCAACUGCGCUAUAAUACUUUGUACAAGUAAGGAUUUUCAGACCACUUAGUGUUUUAGUUUUUUUUUAAAUUGAUUUUAAUAUACAGUCAAACUUCGUUCGCUCGAACUCAGAGGGCCUGUGCAAAUUUGUUCGAGAGAUCGGUAGUUCGAGACAACCGAGGUUGAACUAUUAUAACGUUGAUCAUAUGCCUAAAGGUUUUCCUAGCUUACAUCGGUCGAAUGAUAAAUGUGUCAAUAUAAUUGUUUGUUAGUUCAUCUGUUCGUCGAAUAUUUCAUAUUCAUAAUUACAUGCCAGUGUUUUAAUUAGUAUUAACGGUACACUGUGUUGAUCUAUAUUCAUGCAUAUUGUAAUCGGUUGAGUUUGAUUGAGCAAUCACACCAAAUUUGUUGAACAAUGUUCAAAAUAUAUUUAUGGUAUAUGUUUUUAAUGGGAUGAAUUUAAUUUUUUUUAAAUAAAUUAAUAAAAUAUUUAUUAAAAACAUUUACAGCAGCAUGUAUUUGUAGUCAUUUACUAAAAUAAACACACAUAUAAGUAUCAUUCUAUAAAUAGAUAACACUGUUACGAUUCACUUAACAUGAACCACGGUUGUAAUCAAAGCCAUCCAGGUAAACGUCAUUCUUUAUUGGCAUGCAUAUUUCACAAGUUAUUUUUUUUUUUAUCGUUACCAUAAACGGCAAAUCAACAAUAUUAUCAUAACAAACAAAUCGGUUACAACACCUCUUAUUUAGUAUCAAUUAACCUUAAUUACCUUUGUCACGAUCACAAGAUGUUAAAAACUAGUGUUGCCAAAUCUCAUUUAUUUAGGACAUACCGACUUGUCUUUUUGUGUUCGACCGAAAAGGUGUGAUUUUCACUAUAUUUCUGCCGAAGGGACAAGAGAUCAGGUUCGACAGUUCGAGCGAUUGGUGUUCGAGCGAUCAGAGGUAGAACAAUAUAUAUUAUAUAGGAAUUUUCCCAGAACUGUGCAAUGAGUUCGAGCAAAGGGAGGUAUUCCAGCGAUCCGAGUUCCAGCGAACGUAGUUUAACUGUAGUCUUUAAACAGUUUUUAGAUGAUCUGGUGCUUAUAGUACGCGAUAGUAAAUUUUAUUGUACAAAUGCAUCAUAUCUGUUUUAAAGUUGUUUUAUCUUAUAACGUAUAGAAUAUCACUCCUGACCAGUCAUCCAUAGUCUGACCAUGGGUGAUAUAUUUAAUUAAUUUGCGUAACAGUGCCACAUUUAUUAUCAAGAUCUAUUAUCAAAAUAUCUUAUGGCAUUUCUUUUUUUAAAUUGACGGUCAGUGGGGGUAGUCUAACUUUUAUGAUAUAAAAUGUUCUUAUAUUGUUGAAUUAUUGUUGUCAGUAGGAAAUAAAUAUUGAUUGUAUACAUAUAAUGAUAUUACUAGUAUACAGUCUCUUAUAAUUCUAUUGUAGAAUGGUCAUAUGUACAUUUUUAUCAAUUUUAAUAUGUUUUAUGUAUAU